AUGUAUCAGAUGGCUCCUUACAGGCGACAGAAACGAGGUUUCGGGUGGCAAUAUGACAACUACCCGGCUUUUGAUAUAGCAGCAAACUUUGGUGGUGUGGGCGGAUACGGGUGGAAUAGCAGCUUUGACACCCAGUACUACGACCUGCCGGGCACUGUCGAACAGGCAACACGAUCGCAUGUAGAGGCACAAAACGAAUUUGAAAAGGCAAAGGAAAAAUAUGAAGAGGCCAAAAAGAAGUACGAAGAAUGCGAGAAGAAGGUCAAAGAAGCAGAAAAAAUGCUAAGGCUUGCGAAGUAUCGUGCUCAAACUUGGUGA